AACGUAGGAAGGGGCACGAUCCUGUACUCGUCCGGUUCUAUGAAGAAAGAGGAAUGACCGUGGCGUCUAAAAAUAGUCCUUUGAUAGAAGAAGCAGCAAAGAAGAGCGGGAAAACAGCACAACAAGUGAGGAAUUUUAUCGCCAACUACCGUCGGAGUCAGGCCUUCGGUGAGAGAAGCCUGCCCACAGACGACACGGCCGCUGGGUACAGUGGGUCCACAGGAUCUCAUAAUUCAGGAAUGUCGGAGGAGCCAGAUGAAUUGGAGGAAACAAUGGAGGAAGUCUUAUCGGAACAAGAAGAACCACGCACAGAGACAUUGUCACGAACGCAUGAAGCAGUCGAGCAGUACAGCGACAGGAACAACCACACAGAUGAGGGAGAGACAAGUCAGGUUCAACAAGAGGAUGAAGCUGUGGUUGUCAGGAGCAAAGCGUCCCAGAUACAACCAAAGAAAAGUGGAAAGAGAAAAUCCAGCAACAGUGGCCCCUUGGUAAAGCGACCAAAGCAAGCUGUAACCCAGCCUGGCCCCAUUACCAUUGCUGAAGUGACAGACAACAGCAUCAGGAUCUCGUGGACAGAAGCAGCUGGCUACAAAGACAGCUACAGGAUCAGUAUCUCUAAUACUGAUGGUGUCACCGCUCCUAGUGCAAGUGUGAACCCUGGAGACCCACUGGAAUACACUUUCACUGGUCUGACUGCAGGAACUGAGUACACCAUCAGUGUUGUAACUGUCAGUGAUGGGGCGAACAGUGUGGCAAGAAUAGAGACACAGAGGACAACUGUAGCCCAGCCUGGUGCCAUUAACAUUGCUGAAGUUACCGAAAACAGCAUCGGGAUCACCUGGACAGAGGCAGCUGGCAAAAGAGACAGUUACAUUAUCAGCAUCAGUCCCGACACUAGUUUCACCAACUCCGCUGAAAGUGUGAACGCUGGAGACCCACUGGAACACACCUUCACUACGUUAACAGCAGGAACUGAGUAUACCAUCAGUGCUGUAACUGUAAGUGGUGGGGAGUGCAGUGUUCCAACAAUAAAGGCGCAGAGAACAACUGUAGCCCAGCCCGGUGCCAUAAAAAUUACUGAAGUGACAGAAAACAGCAUCAGGACCACAUGGACAGCUGCAGCUGGCGCCAAAGACAGCUACAGGAUCAGCAUCUCUAAUAAUGAUGGUGUCGCCGGUCCUAGUAAAAGUUUGAAUACUGGAGGCCCACUGGAACACACCUUCACUGAUCUGACAGCAGGAACUGAGUACACCAUCAGUGUUGUAACUGUCAGUGGUGGGGCGAACAGUGUGGCAAGAACAGAGACACAGAGGACAAAUGCAGCCAAACCUGGCCCCAUCAACAUUGCCGAAGUGACAGAAAACAGCAUCAGCAUCACCUGGACAGAAGCAGCUGGCACCAAAGACGGCUACAGGAUCAGUAUCUCUCCUACUGAUGGUGCCACUGCUCCUGGUGCACCUGUGAACGCUGGAGGCCCACUGGAACACACCUUCACUGGUCUGACAGCAGGAACUGAGUACACCAUCAGUGUUGUAACUGUCAGUGUUGGGGUAAACAGUGUGGCAAGAAUAGAGACACAGAGGACAACUGUAGCCCAGCCUGGCCCGAUCACCAUUGCUGAAACAACAGAAAACAGCAUCAGGAUCAUCUGGACAGAAGCAGCAGGAGCCAAAGACAGCUAUGACAUCAGCAUCAGUCCUGACACGGGUGUGACCAACCCUACUGAAAGUGUGAACCCUGGAGGCCCACUGGAACACACCUUCACUACGUUAACAGCAGGAACUGAGUAUACCAUCAGUGCUGUAACUGUCAGCGGUGGGGAGUGCAGUGAUCCAACAAUAAAGGUGCAGAGGACAAAGUUCACGUCUGUUCUGUUGGUUAACCACGAGUACGGCACGUCCCAUGGAGGUCCCUCUACAACCAACCGUGAGGUGGCACAGUUUCUGAAACUCCAUGGUGCUACAGUUCAUGCUACAGCUCUGCAAGCAUCUGAAGAAGACAAGAGGUGUGCUAAAGAGGAUGGUGUUCGUCUGCAUUUGCCUUUCCAAAAAGCAAGGAAAACGAAAAAGCCAUCUUUGGAAUGGUUAACCGACUACCACAGCUUCCAUUACCCAGAUAUACCAACUAAUAUUAAGUGCGUUGUGGGCCAUGCAGAUGUCACAAGUGGCGCUGCAAAGAGCAUUCAAGAGAACCACUGUGAACGGGCAAAACUAAUCCUCUUUAACCACGACAUGCCGGAAGACACCGAGUACUACAAGGAAACUAAGAGGGCGAUGGCCGCAAGGAAGAUGAUGGAAGACAUCCUUGAGGAUGCCAAAAAUGCAGAUGCCGUGUUCUCCUUGGGAAAAAGGAUCUACAACUACUUCGAGACAAAGUACAAGUCACUUGGAGAAAGCAAACCAAGCCAACACUUCCUGUUUCUUCCAAGACCAUCCCCAGUGUUUGAAGCCAUCUCUGUUAGUCCAGGAGGAGGAGAGAAAGUCGUGCUGUCUGUCGGGAGAGUGACCGAAGUUGACAAGCUGAAAGGCCAUGACCUAGUAGCACGGGCCAUGGGGGAGGUUGCAGAAAAGAUCACAAAUAUCAGAUUGUGUGUUCGCGGGAUAGAUGAAAAUGAUUUUGAAGCAAGCAAGAGAAUCCUGGAAGAGAACCUGCACAGUGGUAAGAUCAAACCCACCCUGCUGCCAUGUGGAACCCAGGAGGACAUCGCUCAGGACAUGCGGCAGGCCCACCUGGUCCUGAUGCCGUCCCGCGCCGAGCCGUUCGGACUGAUCGGUCUGGAGGCCAUCGCAGCAGGCAUCCCCGUACUCAUCUCUGACAAGUCAGGACUAGCAGACAUGAUCAAGGACUUGAUCAAGGAGGAGAAGUGCUCUCCAGACAUGAGGCACAGGAUCGUGAAAACAAGCGUUAGGGAGUCCGACUUAGAAGAAACUGCAAAGCGAUGGGCGGAGAUGAUUGAAGAUAGCUUGGACUACUCCACAUGGGAAUUCAAGAAAGCAGCAGAGUACAAGAAGGAGCUUUUGGAGUCCAAGUACUGGGAAGAGUCACACCAAAACCUGCUGAGGGCCUGUGGCUUGAUUGACUGACUCCAGAUCGAGUCCACUCUCCCUCAUGUCAGAUUCCUUAUCGCUGAUUCUGGUCCACAGACUUUUGAUCAGUACUGUACAUGUGUGUGUGUGUAUUCCAAACCAAAAAGACUUAACAGUGACCUCAUCUAUUAGUGGCCAUGUACAAUUUCAUAUUCAUUGGCUUAGACAAUUACCUCGUUUAGGCCUUCUCUAUCAUGUUGGUUCCAAUCGGAGCAAUGUAACCAGUUGGCUUGGAACUAUCAUUAUAGAUGUAGGUUGAUGUAGUUUGGAACUUGAAAGAACAAAAUAUUUCAAUCCCAAGUAAAUGUCAUUUUGUACAUAGGAUUGCAAGGUGCCUUCAUUCAAUACAUUUGUAAUACUAAUAAGUUUGAUACAUUGUAAUGAAUUGAUCUAGCAUGAAGAAGUUGCUUCUGCAUUGAUGCGUUCUAAAUUCACCAAUAGAUAUUACCAGUGUUGCAAACAUUGUCAGUGUGGCUAAAGUUGCACUACUUAAAUUCCUGCUGUUUUAUACGUUAUUAGCAAAAUAAUGGUUUACAAACUAUAACGGGUACACUGUCCUUAUUUCACUU